AUGAAACAGCUGUGCCUUGGCUCAAGCAAGAAAUGUACACAUGCAAAGGAAAUUAAAAUACAAGUGUUUGCUUCAGGAGGCAGUGGCAGUGAACGGGUGAAACACUGGGUGAGAGGAGGCUGUCAUCAUUAUCAUAACGUGAGGACCAGAGAGGGAGGAUGGGAUGAGCCGACAGAAUUUGUGCAGAAUGACACACAGCUGUCACGGGAGGAGAUGCAGAGCACUGUAUCUGGAGUCACGGCAGCAUACGAGCGAGAGCAGUUGUGGCUGGCCAAAGAGAACCUGCUGGUGAAGCUUCAGGCACGUUGUCGAGGCUGUCUUGUCUGUCAGGAAUUCAACUCCAGAAUGAGGUUUUUGAAGAAGCAAGUUCCAGCCAUCACUUGCAUGCAGUCCCAGUGGCGUGGCUAUAAACAGAGGAAGGCAUAUCAAAUCCGUUCGGAUUACUGACGAGCACACAAGGACCAAGAAGUGAAGAUUCAGUCACUGGCCAGGAUGUAUCAAGGCAGAAGGCGUUACAGAGAUCACCUGCAAUAUUUCAGAGACAACAUAAAUGACGUUAUAAAAACUCAAGCUUUUAUCCGAGGAAACAAAGCAGGAGAAGACUACAAAACCCUCAAUUUUCAGGAGGAGCUGGAGCUAAUGAAACUGUGUGAGGAAGCUGUGACCUUGAUCCGAUCUAAUCAACAGCUUGAAAAUGACCUCAAUCUCAUGGACCUGAAGAUUGGACUGCUAACUACUCCAACGUACUUGGCCAAGCUGCUUUUGCAGAUGCCUCAAAACAACCCCACAGAGUUCAUGGAUUCAGCCAUCUUCACGCUGCAUAACUACGCAUCCAGUCAGAGAGAGGAAUCUCUGCUGUUGCGGCUGUUGCAAACAGCAUUGCAGGAAGAGAUCAAGUACGUUAUGCGCUCUUUCAACCGUGGUGCCCGUGGUCAGAACGCACUGAGGCAGAUCUUGGCCCCAGUUGUGAAGGAAAUAAUUGAGGGCGAAUCGCUCAACGUCAGAACGGAUCCAGUGGAUAUUUACAAGUGCUGGAUGCGCUCUUUCAACCGUGGUGCCCGUGGUCAGAACGCACUGAGGCAGAUCUUGGCCCCAGUUGUGAAGGAAAUAAUUGAGGGCGAAUCGCUCAACGUCAGAACGGAUCCAGUGGAUAUUUACAAGUGCUGGGUGAACCAGAUGGGAUCUCAGAAUGGUGAGGCCGGCAAGUUGCCGUACGAUGUUAGACCUGAACAAGCUCUUAAUCACGGUGAGGUGAGGACGCACCUGGAUGCCUCAAUCCGAGAUGUGAAGGCAGUGACAGACAAGUUCCUGUCUGCCAUCGGUUCAGCUGACCAAAUCCCUUACGGGAUGCGUUUCAUCGCCAAGGUACUGAAAGACUCCCGGCAUGACAAGUUUCCUGAUGCUGGCGAGGAUGAGCUUCUGAAGAUUGUUGGCAACUUACUCUAUCACCGCUACGUGAAUCCGGCCAUGGUGGCACCGGAUGCAUUUGACCUAAUGGAUCUUUCAGCUGGAGGGCAGCUGACUGCAGAUCAACGAAGAAACCUUGUUGUUGCAAAGAUGCUGCAGCAUGCUGCGUCCAGCAAGAUGCUCAUGGGAGACGGUGCACAUCUGAGCAUCGUGAAGGAAUACUUGUCACAGUCAUCCCAGAAAUUCAGGAAGAAAAGCUUGAUGUCUGUGCCAAGGGAGACGUACACCGCACUUGCGCUGCCUGGACGAUGUGGAAACUGGAAAUUGUGGGGUGUGCUGAAGCAUGCCCUCUCAGCUUUCGCUCGUGGAAGCACAGAGCAAAGUGACAAGAAACAGCUGCGAGUUCAAGGAAUUGUCUACCUUGUUCUGAUCUCCUGCCAGAGCACCCGCCUGUGCCAGAGGAUAGCCAAGGGUAGUUCUGAAGAAGUCUCUCAAUAG